ACGCAUCUGCCUAUGUUGUCGGUUUGUGUAGAUGUUGUGCCGAUCAUCUCACUUCGACAGACGCAGCUAACGUGCUGUGGGAUAUAGGAGCUUUCGCAGAGGAUACGGAUUUAUGUAAAGAUGGCGUAGAUAUACCUGCUUCACCCAAGUGAAUUUGUGAUUGUUGGGUCCAAGACAUCUCUUUAUUCGUGCAGGGGAAUUCCAGAGAUAGUCAUGGAGAUUAAUACAACGGUAUUCAUUGAUGACAUUACCACAUCAAGUACAACACAAAAUGUUCUCUAUUCAAACAUCACAUCCAGCUUCAACAACAGCAACUCAGUUGAAGUGGCUUACGAUGCAGAUUCUUUUGACGCUUUUGACUACCCAUUAGGGUUUAAAAACGUGCCUAGUUGGGAGAUAGCCCUAAAGACUCUCACGUACAUCCCCGUCAUUGCGUUCGCCAUCGUCGGUAACGUCCUUAUCAUCCUUGUCGUCGCACGCAACAAGCGGAUGCAAACGACGACAAACUACUACAUCGUCAAUUUGGCCGCUGCGGAUCUUUUAGUUGCCGUGUCGUGUUCUUGGGUACAUCUCGUUACUGACCUCACGGAUGGAUGGGUCUUAGGGUCAUUCUUCUGUAAAUUCAACACGUUUGCACAAGUACUCUCCCUUGUCGCCAGCAUAUUCACCUUGACCUUCAUAUCAUGUGACCGAUUUUUUGGGAUUGUGUUCGCUAUGAAAGCUCAUUUCAUUGAACGGCGAGCUCGAUAUACCAUCGUGGCCUUAUGGGUGUGCUCUUUGGCAAUUGCCAUGCCCAUGCUUAUAUACCGAGUUCUACAAGAGAGGGCAUGGCGGAACCACUUGGAGAAAUGGUGUGACGAUGACUGGCCAGUAGUGGUGUGGAAAGAUCCAAUUUCAAACUCAACAAUGAGCGACAUUCCAGCCAGGAAGAUAUACUACACCAUCGUGUGUGUUGUGUUGUUCUUCUUACCGUGUAUACUGAUGUCGGCGGCAUAUGCUGUCAUAAUUUGGACGUUGUGGUCAGCAAAGGUCCCCGGCGAGAGAAUUAGCAAGGACAUCAGGCUUCAGACACAGCUUAAGAAAAGGAUCAUCUUGAUGCUGGUACUGCUGUUGGCGUCAUUCAUCAUCUGCUGGGGGCCACUGGUGGGCAUCCUGAUGUACUCUGAGUACAGAGCAGACAAACUAUCCACGCUCGGGCCAUGGUAUCCCAAACUGGAGUACUUUUCCCGAUAUCUGGCUCACGUCAACAGCGCGAUCAACCCCAUGAUCUACGCCGGCUUCAACGACAACUUUAAGAAGGGAUUUCAGCUCCUUUUCCGAAGCAUUGAGAGGAAGAAUCGGUACAAUACAAUGGUAUCUCGAGUAGACUCCUUCCAGAGCUCCACAAACAUCACCAAAGUGUAGUCUGUUCCACUCCAGGCUGAGUAGUCUGUAUGGCUAGUGUGCAGAGAUCGUUGGACACACUUGCGUGUGUUUCAGCGAAUUGCUGCUCAGUCGUCUAGCCAAUCAAGAAAAUCUACUUCAAGGUGGACACCAAGACGGCUUUUCAGCAUUAUCAGCAACUAUCACGACUCAUGUUUAACCAGAUUUCUACGGAUUCUCGAAUGAUGCAAAGACGGACUUGACAUUAAAAAGUCACAGUAACACAGUCAUCCACGGGUCGCGAUGUACGUCAAGAACGUUUGAAGACCUUCUUUCAAUCUUAGGGCUAUUUGUUAGAUUCGAUUGCUUAAAGUUACCGACCCUGAGCAAAUAUUGAUUCUGAAAUAGACAAAUUGACAAAUAAUAACAGAUGACACGGAAUGACCUAUAUAUCUGAAGAUCUAUGUCAGGAACAGAAAAGAUUUAAACAAAGCAAGAGCUCCCAAAUUUAGAUUUUAUUAAGGCGACGACAACGCUCUUGAUUUAUGUGAUCUGAAUAUCACAAAGUAUUCCUUUAACUACAUUGUUACCACAUGUGAUUUUAUUAUCGAAAGACCCUCGGCGCACGCUGACAGACACUCUGGUUUGCAGCAAUUGUCUUUCUGAUGAGUGGUCAAAUGGAUGGUGAUUCUCGGUGAGACGUGAGAAGCGUUAUUUCUGCACGUCGGUGCCAUCUGUCCAUAUCAGGAGGCCAAUGAGACUAAAGUGACCACUUCAAGAUAAUUAAUUCUACCAGCAUUUCAGUAAUGGUGAGACUGAUAGGGUCAUGUGAGGAUCAGGUACCAGAGGAUGCUCCGUAGGUACAUCAUAACAUAUCAGAAGGUUUCAGUCCACAGUCCUGUCUGAGGACAUUUGUUGGACUCACUAUGUCAUGCCACAGUGUUUCAAAUCUAUUCAAAAUUGAGAGCUUUUCUUUUUUGAGAAAUUUGUAAUAUCAAGCAAAUUAUAUUUUCUGAUCUUCAGCCACAAUGGAGAAUAUACUAUUUGGAUGUUCAUUAUAUGUCUGUAUCAGUUCCAAAUGGUGUAUAAGAAUGUGAUAUUGUAUGACUUGUACGUUUAGCUUAGCAUGACUUGUAUAGUUAAACGAUUCACUGCAUCACCUGUCAUCUCAGCACAUUGUGUUGUGUUUUGUGGGAUUACACAAAAUAUGGUUUAACGGUUUAAAAGUAUUGUUGUGCACAUUAGAACGGCAUUGAUGAUAUCAUCUGUCCAUUGUGCAUUCUGUGCAAGAACCAAUUUGGUCAGGUGAUUUGGCCACAAACGACCUGAUCAUGAUGUAUUUGUACGUCACGGAAACCGCAUCCUGUACAUAAACCUAACAUGAUGCCGUAGAAGUUUCCAGUCUAACUACCCAGCAAAUGCUGCUGUGCAUUUGCCUACUCAUUGAAAGUUCUGAACUCCCGGAUAUUGUGGCAAAUGAAACGCAAGAAAUGGGUCUGGUGCCAAGGAUAAUAGGCAAGCGAGUGCCACGAUGAUUGUCUCCGUAAGCCUCGAAGUCUCUAAAUUGUUAUAAAUCUCAUCAGAUCAGGAAGCUGUGAUACUAAAGUUGCCACCAGUGGUGUUGGAAAGUGUACAAUACCUUACGGUUUGUGAUCAUGGAUAGACUGAGGCGCUAAAAGAAGAACGGAAAGAACUCUUGAUAGACAAUUAUUCCAAAGGUGUGAGAUCGACAUGAAUCAUGUCAUCAGAGACUUUUUGUCCUGAAUUUGUCUGCAGCCAAUGUAAACUGAAUAUUGACAUUAACAGGAUAUUGGGAGGUUGUCAAAUGUUUAGGGCUAACUUAUGUAUUCAUAAAACAUGUUGUUAGAUAUAAUUUAAUGUCCCAUGCACCACGCACUUUGGAACACUGUAAGAAUGGUCUUCACUAUAAUUUGUAAAUGUAUGGAGAAUGUUCCAUCCUAUAUCUUCAGUAUUGUUGAGAACCAAUGACCAAUUGCUUUGAUAUCGUAUCACCAAACGAGUCUGGUGUAGUAGUGUAUUGUCAGUGCAGUCAUUGCUUAGAGAGACAAUCUAUAUUUUUCGAGAGUCCGGUUACGGGGAACUUUUCUCGUGCUAAUAUUACUUCUGAUAUAGACUGGCCUCUUGUUGUAAUAUCUCAUACAUUUUCAUGAGAGUAAGUAAUUGGAAUAUUUCAUCUGUAAUUGCUUCAUUAUUGGGUAUUACUGAACACAAUUGCAGGUCACUUCAAAGCUGGCACAGUCAUGCCGAUACUUGCACGUUACACCAAGUCAUGAGAGAAACAUGCAAAUACGAAUUUGACAGACUCAGACAAUUCAGAUUGGGUUAGCGCUUCUGAUCAAUCUGUUAAAUUGCAUUAAAUAUUGACAUGAGAGUCAAGGAUAAAACUUAAAAUACUGAAAAGAAUUCUAGGUAUAAACCAGAAACAAACUAGGCUGAUUACUUGCUCUAUUAGGGCUGGUAAGUUUGACAGCAUGGCCCUAAUCGACCUGUGUAAUGUAUUACAUUAUGUAUGUUUCCGGGAUCAUUAUUCUGUUCUGACCAUUCGCUAUGUACGUAAAUGUACUUAUGUAAAUGUGUCAGUAAUGUUGAUUUUCAAGAUGUGAUUAACACCAGUUUUGACACUUUAACGAUUUUUAAUGCAAAAUGAAUGCAUUUCAUGUAAAUACGAAUACGUAUAGCUUGUAAAGUAAUGCAUACUGUGUACAGAAACUCAAAAACGCCCACAGUGGUUUAGGUUCAUAAGAUUGACAUCAUGGAUCAUAGUCUAAUCAAGAAUGUAGUUUGGUCACAUAAUGACCACCUUCCAUCGUCUCUGAAGACUAGCCCAGUAUAGGACAAUUGAUUACACGGAAGAAAAUGAACUUUCAUGUUGCAAAUGUUGUUACGAUUGUGGUUAUGUGUCAGUGAAUAAUAUGCCGGUUUGAAACCAA